GUUCAUUUCUGUUGCAUUCUUUGCUUUUAUUUAUUUAUUUCUGAAAAAGAAAAAAAUAUCUCUGCUUUCUGGGUAGAGGAUUAAGAAAAUCAUUAGGCUCGGGAUUGGAUCAGAGCUCAUCACACCCAAAUCUUUGUUCUUUGGAUUGCUUUAACAGUGAUUGGAUUUACUGGAGUUAUUAUCUCACCAGAUAUGUAGUAUGUGUCAUUACUGUGGUGCUGAACUUUCGAAUGCCAGUGAGGACAAAAGGAAACCGGAGAACGGUAAUGUUUUAAUCUCUUGUACUGGAGAUACAAUUCGGCCGUGUAAAUUAUUUUGGGAGAGGCAAGGAAGAGAGUUUGUAAAACGUGAUGGUAAUACUCUGUAUUCAACACCAUUGAUCAGUCCAGCUUCUUUAUUGUCUAGCGGUGACCGUUCAUAUUCUAGCUGCAGUGAUUUUUCAGUUGAUAUGGACUCAUACGAUCGGGUUGAGGGUGAGCAAGAGUUUGGUUCAAAAAUUAGUCAUGGGGAGCUCAAUUAUCUGCCAAAUGGACGAAACUUGAGCUCAGAAGGCCUUGGGGGGAGAGUUGAUAGCUCGAAUAUGAUAACAGAAAGCAACUUGAGGGAUGAGAAAAAUAGCAAUGAUAUGGACAUAGUUAGAGACGGUGAGAAAACAGAAACUAGUAAUGAGCUAGCAGCAAAAGAAAUUGGAAAUUCUCCUAGAACCUUUGUCAAAGAAAAUGGAGUUCCUCAAUUUAUUAGUGGUGAAAUAGAUAGUCAAAUUUGGGAACCUCCGGAACCUGAAGAUCCAGAGGAUGACUUGGAGAAUACACUGGCUUAUGACGACGAGGACGACGAAUGUGAAGAUGGCAUAAAAUGGGGAAAACCAAGUUCCUUGAGUCAUACAGAUGUGGACAAUGGACUCUACAGGUUUAAAGAGGAAAAACAAAGGGCAGUGAAAGAGGUGAUAAAUGGGAAGUUCAAAACUAUUGUCAGUCAACUUCUUAAAUCUGUGGGUUUUGCCUGUUCUGUGAAUGACAAUGAUGGUUGGGUGGAUAUAGUUACUUCUCUAUCUUUGGAAGCCGCUCUAUUUUUGAAACAUGAUCCUAUCGACGGCAACACAAUGGGUCCAGAUGGAUGUAUGAAAGUGAAAUGCAUUGCAACCGGUUCUCGCAGUCAAAGCCAAUUAAUCAAGGGUUUGGUCUUCAAAAAGCAUGCUGCUCAUAAGCACAUGCAAACUAAGUUCAAGAAUCCAAGAAUGUUAUUAAUUCAGGGAGCCCUUGGUCAGUCCUCAAGUGGGUUGUCUUCAUUAAGUUCACUAGAUGAGGAAAAAGGUCAUAUGAAAGCUCUAAGUGAGAUGAUAGAUAUGUGCCAUCCAAAUGUGAUAUUGGUGGAGAAAUCUGUUUCACGUGAUGUUCAAGAGUGUAUUCUUUCCAAAGGAAUCACACUGGUGUUUGACAUGAAGCUACAUCGUCUCAAGAGAGUUGCGUGCUGUACUGGCUCACCAAUAAUACCGUCCAAUCAUUUGAUUAAUCAAAACCUAAAGCAGAAUGAUUCCUAUAAGCUGUGUGAUUCCUUUCAUAUUGAAAAGUUUGUUGAAGAACAUGCUUCCUCUGGUGAAGGGGGAAAACGACCAAGUAAAACAUUGAUGUUUCUUGAGGGCUGUCCUAAACGUCUUUGUUGCACUAUUUUGCUGAGAGGAAGUCAUUCUGAAGAACUGAAAAAGAUUAAGUGUGUUGUUCAGUAUGCUGUUGUCAUGGCGCAUCAUUUAAUCCUUGAAACUUCCUUCCUUAUUGAUCAGAAGGGAAUGUUCUCUACAAUUCCUUUAUCUGGAAUAGCAGACGUGUUGCCAACAGAUCAGGAAUCCCAUACCUUAGAUAUUAGUAAUACAAGUGUUCCUUGUCUUGAUGACUCUACAGCUGAAAUUGAUUCAAAUGAAGUUGACAUUCCCAUCUCUAAUGGAUACCAUGAAGAAGGUUACCAUGUAAAUGAUGAUCAAAUCUUGAAGUCAGAAUUAGACUAUAGUUCUGCUUUAUCUUUGGAGCCAUAUAAUCCAGCCAUUUUCUCUGGUUUGUCAUCUAUUUCCGCCUCUCUGAAGAAAGUAAUUGGGAACAAUUUUCCUCUUGCAUCCACUGCUCCUUAUCGGUCGUUGUCUACAUAUUUUGGGUUAAAUGAGGAGGAACCAAAGCUUACAGCAGCAGUUCCGACGAUGAAAAGUUUAGAGGUCUCAGAGCAAUUUGAUGCGGAAUCUAAAUGUGGUCAUGAUGAAGAGAAAUCCCUUGAUGACGGACAACCUCAAUCUUUUCCAGCUUCCUCUGAAGCCCCACUUGAGUUGAAUACUAGUGGCGAUAAUGAUGAAGAGAAAAUGCAAAAUAAGGAGAACAUCAACAGUAUGUUGGAUUCACAAAGUAUUUUGGUUCUUAUGUCUAGCCGAAAUGUUUUAAAGGGCAUUAUGUGUAAGCAAAGCCAUUUUAGCCAUAUAAUGUUCUACAGGAAUUUUGAUGUUCCUCUUGGGAAGUUUCUUCGAGAUAAUUUACUCAAUCAGAGAAGGCAAUGUACUAUAUGUGGUGAACUCCCGGAAGCUCACUUCUACUAUUAUGCACAUCAUAAUAAGCAGCUAACAAUACAAGUUAAACGGCUUCCAAAGCAUUUACCUGGGGAAGCUGAGGGAAAACUCUGGAUGUGGAGUCGCUGUUUCAAGUGCCAAACUGGGAAUGGAAUGUCAAAAUCUACAAAAAGAGUUCUAAUUUCAGCUUCUGCGCGUGGUCUCUCAUUUGGAAAGUUCUUGGAGCUCAGCUUUUCCGAACACUAUUCCUCCUACGGAUUAUCCAGCUGUGGUCAUUCUCUGCAUAAGGACUUCCUUUAUUUCUUUGGGUUAGGUCCUAUGGUUGCAAUGUUUAGCUAUUCUACAGUUACCACUUAUACUGUGUCCGUGCCUCCACAACGACUAGAGUUUAGCAGAUCAAUUAUACCAGAUUGGCUAAAGGAAGAAUUCAAAAAUGUUUAUACAAAAGGAAAUCUAAUGUUUGGAGAGGUUGCAUCCUUUUUGGAUCAAAUAAGGUCUCAGUUUGUGGGCUCAACUUUAAACCUUAAUGGUUCCUUAAAAGCAUUCUCUGAUGUCGAAGAGAUGCUGAAGCUGGAAGCUUCUGAAUUUGAGCUAAGCAUUCAGAAUGCUGUUGCGAAUAAUGGGAAUGAAAACUUGGGUUCUCACAAACUCCUCAACUUGAACAGAGUAAGGUGGGACCUUCUUUUGACAUCAUUCAUUUGGGAUCGACGCAUGCAUUCUCUGCUGUUGCCUGUUACUACAGUAGUAGUCACUGGUGCCAACAACAAAGCAAUGCCGGAGCAACUGAAGUUGCAUACGGAUAGGGCAGAGGGAGAGGACAGUGGUGGAGAAAAUCAACAUUUUUUAUCUGAAAAUACUGGUUAUCUGAAAGCUUAUUCCGAUUCAUUUGUUGAAAGAAAUGAAUUUUCAGGUGAUGAAUUAUCUUCAGACAUUCCUGUUAAAAAAUCUGAAGAAUGUGACAGCUUACAUGGAAGUUCCACCGAGGUUGAAAACAUUGAAAAGCCAACGGUGGAUGCUGUGUCCCCUAUGGAAUCAUCCAAGCUAGAGUCCAUUGUGGCACCUAAUAUUUCUGUUUGUCCCAAUUUUGGUGAUGAAAAUUACCAGGCAGAGGAUGCACCAAUAUCAGGUCAUUUACAAGUAGAUAGAACAAUCCCAAUAUCCAAAGAUCUUGAUUACAAUGAUUCUAUAGUUGAUGCAAGUAGUAGGGGUUGUGGAUUUCCAUGUUCAUUACUAUCCAGUUUAGAAAACAUAAAUGGAUGGUUCUGGAUGCCUUCUUCUGAAAUCAGACAAAUAUAUAUGAAGGAUCUUCUAAGAGGAAAUGUCCCCAAGUUCGAAUCCAUCAGUAGUUGCACUCCAUCACAAAUACCUACAGGCUAUCAAUUAAUCAGGGAUGAAGCAUCAAGACUACACAUUCCUCUAGGAACCAAUGAUUAUAUAGUAUCAGAUUAUGAAGGUGAACUCUCAAGUAUAAUUGCUUGUGCAUUAGCAUUGCUGAAAGAUAUGCCUUCUGUAACAGAAGUGCCUAAUGAGGAAGGGAGGAGAGAUAAACUAAUUGAAAGUUUACGUAGCCUAAGUCGAGCACCUACUAUAACAUCUUUGCAAUGGUCGUCCAAUGGUUCCUCUGAUUCAGACUCUGCCUCUAGUCUGAGCGUUUCUUCAGAAGAGUCUCGCUUCUCCAGUUUUGAUGGGUUAAACUUGUUGGAUUCUCUAGUUCCUCCUGAUGCUCAUAACAUCGAGGUUUCUCUAGGGGUUACGAACUCACUAGGGAAGGGCAAAUACUCGGUAUUUUGUUUGUAUGCUAACCAGUUCCGUGAUCUUCGAGAGCGGUGCUGCCCUUCAGUACUUGAUUAUAUUGCUUCUCUUAGCCGUUGCAAAAAUUGGGAUGCCAAAGGAGGGAAGAGCAAGUCCUUUUUUGCUAAAACGCUUGAUGACAGGUUUAUUAUAAAGGAAAUCAAGAAAACAGAAUAUGAAUCAUUCGAGAAGUUUGGUUUAGAUUUUUUCAAGUACAUGAAUCAAUCACUCGAUUCUGGAAGCCAAACAUGCCUUGCUAAAGUUCUUGGGAUUUAUCAGGUGAUAGUAAGACAGCCUAAAACAGGGAAAGAGUUGUCAAGACAUGAUCUUAUGGUGAUAGAGAAUCUUGCCUUUGGUAGAAAUCUUACUCGACUAUAUGAUCUUAAAGGGGCUUUACAUGCUCGAUUCAGUUCAGCUGCUGAGGGAUCUAGAGAUGUUCUUUUGGAUCAGAACUUUGUCAAUGACAUGAAUUCCUCUCCAUUAUAUGUUAGUAAUCAAGCCAAGCGUAUCUUGCAACGGGCUGUAUGGAACGAUACAACUUUCCUCAAUUCGAUCAAUGUAAUGGAUUAUUCUUUACUUGUCGGGGUGGAUACGCAGCGGCAGGAGCUUGUAUGUGGGAUUAUUGAUUAUCUCAGGCAGUAUACCUGGGACAAACAACUCGAAACAUGGGUCAAGUCUUCAUUGGUUGUUCCUAAGAAUCUAUUGCCGACGGUGAUUUCUCCGAAGGAAUAUAAGAAAAGAUUCAGAAAGUUCAUGUCAACUUACUUUCUGAGUGUCCCUGACCAUUGGUGCUCACAGGGAUCCUCUGACCCUUGUCAACUUUGUGGCACGUAGGAUGAUGCCCUUUUCUCAACCCAAGUCCCUAAAUGGUACUUUUGCCUCCUCCUCGUAUUCUUUGUUUACCAUUUUCCUUGAAUCAUCCCUCAUUCGUAUAGCCAGUUGAAAAUUGAUGUGUAUAUAUAUGUUGUAUAUUCAACCCCAUUAUCAUGCAAUCUUUAGCAAAUUUCUGGGGAUAGUUUCAUUCACCAUUUAUCUUAUUAUGUUACAUAAAUUUGUAUCUUUAAGUGAGAACUGUAAAGAGCCGAUGUUAUCGGAGGACCGAUGAUGUGAAAAUCAAUGAAAAGUUUCAGCUACCAGCUUGUCUUC